CGCAGCGGGGCGGGGCAUCCGCGGGCGGCGGGGCGGGGCCGCUGCACCGCGCUCCGCCAUGGCCGCCGCGCUGCGCGCCCUGCUGCGCUCCGCCGCCGCCACCGCGCUCCUGCCGCCGCCCCCCCGCCCCCUCCUCGGGGUGCGAGCCUACAGCGCCGGGGCCCCUUUCCAGUACCUGUCGGUGCAGAAGACCGGGGCACGGCAGAGUGUGGGCCUGAUCCAGCUGAACCGGCCGCAGGCGCUCAACGCCCUGUGCGAGGGCCUGAUGGAGGAGCUGAGCCGGGCGCUGGAGGCCAUGGAGAGUGACCCGCAGGUGGGGGCCAUCGUCAUCACCGGCAGCCAAAAAGCCUUCGCAGCUGGUGCGGACAUCAAGGAGAUGCAGAACAAAACCUUUCAGGAGUGCUACAGCGGUGGCUUUCUCAGUGGCUGGGACAAGGUCUCCACCGUCCGCAAACCCAUCAUUGCUGCCGUCAACGGCUACGCCCUGGGCGGCGGGUGCGAGCUGGCUAUGAUGUGCGACAUCAUCUACGCCGGGGAGAAGGCACAGUUCGGGCAACCCGAAAUCCUGCUGGGGACCAUCCCGGGCGCUGGAGGGACGCAGCGGUUGACCAGGGCGGUGGGGAAGUCGCUGGCCAUGGAGAUGGUCCUCACUGGGGACCGGAUUUCGGCGGCAGAGGCGAAGGAGGCAGGGCUGGUCAGCAAGGUCUUCCCUGUGGAGAAGCUGCUGGACGCAGCCAUUGCCUGCGCAGAGAAAAUCGCCAGCAACUCCAAGCUGGUGGCCGCCAUGGCCAAGGAGUCGGUCAAUGCUGCCUUCGAGACGACGCUGGCAGAGGGGAUGAGGACAGAGAAGCGGCUUUUUUAUGCCACCUUCGCCACUGGCGACCGCAAAGAGGGGAUGACAGCGUUCGUGGAGAAGCGCAAGGCGAACUUCACCGACAGCUGAGCCCAGGGAUGCAGGUCCCCACGGCCGCCUGUGCCCCACAGCCCCUGUGUCACCCCGAGGGCUCUGGGACCAGCGGUGAAUGAUUCCAGAUGGGGGAUCCCGUUUGCUGUUGCUAUUAAAAGGUUUUCCUGGCA